GAUGCAUAUGAUAUAAAGCCGGUUCUGUUUGUGUUGGGUUAAGAAGCCUGAGAAUGAUUAGUUUUGUGGUAUUCGCUGUUGUCUUUUUCGGAGCUUUUGUUUCAACUACCGGCAUACAUAUCGAAGCUACCCCCUCCAGUAUAGUUCUAGGAGUAACACGUCAUCUCGAUGUGAAAUGUGUGACAACACGAGAAAGAAACUCUACCAUGGAGACCCUCAUCUCUUUAAUCAUCUCCAGAUCAACAAACCCACCAAACACGACUUUCAAAGAACUGGCGUCAUUGACUAUGUCUACUCCAGUAGUUCAGAUAACGGAUGUAUCGGAAAUUAAUCUAACAGCGACAGGAAAUAUUGACAACAAUGGCGAAUCAUAUAUCAGUCUAGUUUGGGAAUACCCGGACGCAACAAAAUCUGGUGUGUACAAAUGUGAAGCACGCGGCAUAGACCACCUAGGACAUAAUGUGUACGCACAAUCCACAACUUUGGUGUCCUCCACACAUCCUGAUGUUGACACUUUAUCCGGACAAAUCAAGACACUGACAUCUUUAAUUGAACAGCUGACAGAAGAUGGAAAACAACAAAAGAAACGGUUGGACUCAUGGAGCCGAAGAUUAGAGGUUGCUCGACAAAAUAUGUUUACAAUUUCUCCAAUAUUCAAUGGUAGGCGGUAUUUGUUGUCUAGAAAACACAGCUCAUUAACGCUUGAUGAUGCAGCUGCUGAAUGUAAUUUGUUUGGUGGGUACGUGGCUGAAAUAGAUUCUGAUGCGGAACACAAGUUUAUCAUAGAACAUCUGCUGGCUACCGAGCAUUACUUGUGUGUAGCGAUAGGAGCGAAAUUCGAUGUCAAUGAAAACAUUUGGAUCAACACACACAGCAACACAACAGUUACUUAUUUUAACUGGCUUCCUGGGAAACCUGAUCGUGUACCGUUUGCAGACUGUUUGUGUUUGCUUCCUCCUGCUUGGUUUAUGCAUGAAAUGCAAUGUUCUUUUUCUGGCACCGACUAUUCGAUUGGCUACAUCUGCGAAGUGCCAGAAGAGGAUUAUGCGAUUUAAAUCCAAUUUAAAAUCAGGAAGGAUAAUUAACAUAAACAUAAAACUGAU